AAAGCGAGCAGUGAAAAUAUGUUCGAAAUCUGGGGCUAUGAUGGAAGAAUGGUGUACGAGAACAUUAUUGAAGCCACCGAGGAAUUCGAUGCCAAAUAUUGCAUCGGCAUGGGAGGACAUGGGAGUGUUUAUAAGGCCAAGCUGCGAUCGGGCGAGAUUGUUGCUGUAAAGAAACUUAACGAAGCACCAGAUGUUGAAAUGGCCAGUCGAAAAGCAUUCGAAAGAGAGAUUCAUGCUUUGAUGGAAACCCGACACCGGAAUAUCGUCAAGCUGUACGGCUUUUGUUCGAGCUCUCGCCAUUCCUUUCUGGUUUAUGAGUUUCUUGAAUCGGGUUCCUUGCAGGAUAUAUUGAAGAGCGAACAAAGGAUAACAAUGUUUGACUGGAGUAAGAGAUUGAAUGUCGUAAAAGGUGUGGCUUAUGCUUUGUGCUACAUGCACUGUGAAUGCUCUCCUCCUAUAGUACAUCGAGACAUAUCGAGCAAGAACAUUUUACUGGACGAAGAAUUCGAAGCUCACGUUUCUGAUUUUGGCACGGCUAAGGUUCUACAACCUUGUUCAUCCAAUUGGACUUCCUUUGCGGGCACCUUUGGAUAUGCAGCUCCAGAACUCGCAUACACUAUGGAAGUGAACGAGAAAUGCGAUGUUUAUAGCUUCGGAAUGGUGACAUUGGAAGUGAUCAUGGGAAGACAUCCGGGCAAUCUCAUAUCAUCUCUUGCGUCGACAUCUCCAUCAUCGCAGCGCCAUUCAACAGACUCUUGGCCGCUGAAAGAAGUUUUAGAUCAGAGAAUUCCGUACCCGAAAGGCUAUGUGCUGGGGGAAGUGGCUGUGGUGAUAAAGAUGGCACUUUCGUGCUUAAGUCCCAAACCAGAGCAUCGUCCGAGCAUGCAGCAAGUUUCUCGAGCGAUAUCGGCACAUAGCCCGAUCAUGUUAACCGCAUCAGAGGACAUCAAGUUGGAAGAACUAGUCGAUCCUACAUGCUUCACUUAUUGAAAUAAGUUCGGUCUUUCUGUUGCACCCAA